UUUUUUUGAUUUCCGUCUUUUUCUUCUUUCUCUUUCUCUCUAAUGUAUAAACGAAAAAAGGCACCUUGUGAACAGUGUCGAUAUCAAAAAAGACGGUGUAAUGAAAAGCAACCUUGUGAAAGGUGUGAAAAACUAGGAUUGGCUUGCAUAUACGUCAAAAAUGUAGGUCCGGACGACGAGGAAUUCAUUCAAUUGGUCAAGGAAAACGAACUAAAGGAACAAGUAGCUCAACUAGAAGAUCAACUAGACGACAUGGCUACCACUAUGCAAACUCUAAAACGACAACGAACUUAUAGCGGAGAUACACCAAAUACCGCAGCAUCUACACCAUCUCUUAUCGAAGACACCAACAGUAUCAAUAGUGACGAUAACAGCAAUGCUUCACUUUCCCUCUGCAAUCAUCAAGUCUCAACUCCCUCUCCUUCUAUAUGGAUUUUGGAAGUAACAAAAGGUGAACUUCGUUUCCGAACUCAAGUAAAAACUCAUAGUGAUCUUCUUAUUCAUGCUCAACAAUUAUCUUCAGUAAUUCAACUCAACGACAGCGUUCCUUACAGCAUUCAUGGUAAUCAACAACUGUAUCUACUUCUCGAUUUUUUGAAUCUAAGAUUUACACGGAAAACAAUCAAAAAUCGAUACAAGGGUUCUCUGAAGGCUAUUGAAUACUUGACAUCAUCGAAAAACAACAGUGAUCAGCCUCAUGAAUCGAGUAUCAUAUCAUUGGCAACUUCCUCUCCAGAAGCAACAGUGAUGCCUAUAUUGAACACAGCCAUCUCUCUUGUGAAAGCUUACAUAGAAUGUCAACACUUAUACCAUUGGGCCAUCUUUAUCCCUACUUUUUAUCAACACUUCAUUCAACCUUCAUUAUCAGUAACGACUUUUCUAUCUUUGGAAGAUGAUCAACAAAUUGUAUCUCCAGCUCUUUAUGCAUUUUGUGCGAUGAUCUGUACGAUGGAUUGUGAUCAUAUCAGCAAAGUGAUUCCCAAAUCUCUCUUAUCGGUUUAUGGUCAUUACUACUUUGAACAAGCAAGAGAAUUGGUAGAAGACAGAUUCGAUGAUAUCAGCAUGGAAUUACUGACAACAUAUGUAUUCAUAGCUGUGUAUCAAUGGAACAUUUCCUGUGAAAAUCGAAGUAUACAAUAUUCUGGUAUGGCGUACCGCUUAGCUUAUUUGAUGAUGGAUCAGAUUGAAGAAGAACAAAAGCAAGGCGAUAUCGAACAAGCCAUCUACUUUGGUCGUAUAAUGAUAUAUAUGGAACGAAUGUGUGUGUUUGAAAAGGUGCAAAAUUCGGACAGGAAUCAACAUCUACAACGCAUCCUUGAACGGUUAAGACAAAAGAAGGACAUGGUAUUCAAUUCGCCUUUAUCGACACCUCAUUUGAUGGAGAACGAACAUCGAUUUUUAUACUAUCAUAUUUAUCGACGUGAACUUCAAUUUUUGAUACAACAAACAGGUCGCACGUAUGACAGGGACAGCACUGGGGUGAUGGACAUGGUGGCACAAAUCUCACAACGUUUGGAAUUCAAGCUAAAGGAAUGGUAUGGAUCUUUGGAUGAUGGAUACAAACUCAAGAAAUUACCACUAUUUGAAGGGACAUCCAUUAACGAUGAAGUGUAUUAUCAAUGUCUUGAACAAGAAUGCGAUACCAAUGUAGUGCCUGCAUUGAUGACACUGGCUAUAUAUGAAGAACUCAUUUUUCUUGGGUUUAGCUUCGUACCUAAAUCGGCGGUGACUUGGUCUGAUCAGUGGUUUGUGAAUCUUAUAGAAGAAAUUUGGAAAGGUGGAAACGAGUUUGACGCAGCUGCAGCACAAAAGCUAGAAGUCGAUUUGGACAAAUGGCGUCGACGGAUUCAAAAAAUCAACAAGUUGAAGACAGAAAUAGGAUUUGAAGGUAGUGAUAAAGACUAUGCAGUGUUUAUCAAGAAUACUCUAUGCUCUGGUCCUUAUCGAUAUGGAUCUCCCUUUUUGGCAUUGGUAUUUGAUUCGGCUUUGAAUGUGAUUCGGAUUAGCCGUUACUUACAACUUCAACGACAACGAGGGAUAAACUGCUAUUUUGACAAACGACUGGUGGUUUAUGCAAAGACAAUACUGGGCAGACUUUUAUAUAUGCAGGACAAGUAUCAUCCAAAGGUGACUCAACAUGUUUCUUUGAUUCAUAGAUAUAUUUCUAUUUGUGAUGAUAUGCUUCACGAUUGACAAUGAUGAUGGUUGAUUUGGGCUAUAUUACUGAAAAGGAAAAUUCUCUUUGAAUGAAUCAUCAAGAUCUUGACUUUUUUUUUUCC